CUUGUCUUCUUCUAUGGUGGACGCACAAGGAUUUGAGUAUGUGUACAAAAUGAGAAGAAGUACCUUCAAUUACGUCUGCUGCUUGGUGAAGAUCCCACUUUUUGAAGAUAUGAUGGCAAAAAAUCACACCUUUGCUGACUGGAAAGUGUUGUCUUUACAAGAUGUUGUGGCUAUUGCUCUGAGAAUGCUGAACUCUGGUGAGCCAUCUGAGACUGUAGGAUCCUCUCUUGGUGUGAAUGAGUCAACUGUCUCUCUGGUAACUCGGAUGUUUGUUGAGGCUAUGUGCCAGCGAGCAAUGCACCACUUGGGCUGGCCAGGCUCUGCCAAAAUGGAGAAGAUCAAACGCAAGUUCGACAAGAUCCAUGGCCUGCCAAACUGCUGCGGUGUUGUACAUACAACUCAUAUCACGUUUGGAUCACAAGACCGUGGCCAUGAGGAUAACGGCAACAUCCUACUGCAAGCCAUUGUUGAUCCAGAUAUGAGGCUCACAAACAUUUGGUGGAACCUAUCAGGUAGCAUGAACCAGUUGAUCAUUUUGCAGGACUCCAGUCUCUUCAAGUCCUGCGAGAGGGGUACUGGGUUGAAUGGUAGCAAGCUGAAGGUAUCAUCUCGUGGUGGAUUAGAAGUCGGCGAGUACAUCAUUGGUGAUGCAGGACAUCCUCUUCGACCUUGGCUCCUCACACCUUACCGGAUAGAGAAUGACCGCUCACUCUCAGACUCCAAAGUGGAAUUUAACAGGAGACACUCUGCAGCUACAGUCGUUGCGCUGAGGGCGUUGGCAGGUUUUAAAGACACAUGGAAGUGCCUACAGGGAGAAGGUUGGCAUCCAAGUAAUAAACAUGAAAUGUUCUCGACAAUCAAAACGUGCUGGAUGUUGCAUAACAUAGUGAUAGAUAUGGAUGAGGAGGAAGAGGAGGAGGAGCAUGCAGGCAUGCCGAGCGAUCAGGAGUACAGCAAGCAAGUGCGGCAGGUAGCAGACGAGGACGCCGUCGGGGUGAGGGAUGCACUGUCCCAGCACAUAAUCGAAUCUAGAGUCCUCACAGUGGCCGCAGAGGAGGAACAAGAAGCAGCAGCAGUUGCAUCUAGUUCAGGAGAUGGAAACAAGGAACAGGAAGAGCACCGACAACGAAAAGCAAAUCGAGGAAAGGAGAAAGUGGAUGAUAGCUAGCUAUGGAGGUCAGAAGACGCCCCCCCUCCACUUAGUGAUUUUGGUAUAUAUUGUUUCUCUGAUAUUAACAGUUCUUCAAGUCGCAGUUCUCUUCCUAAUUCCUUCUUCUGCUAUGACACUGCUUAAUUCAUGUCAGUGGGAACCAUUAUAUCCUUUGGUGAUACAUUAAACUACUUGGAAAGAAACUAACUCCAUGAAUACUUGCAUCUAUUAGCAACAUCUGGCAACUAUAUAUUUUCUUCCUGUAUUGGCUAUAUAAUGCUUUGAUUGUCCAUUCGCUCAAUAACACUGCAUGAUCUGGACAAUCAAGCUAGCAGAUUUAUAGUACUAGUAUAUAUACUUUGACAAUGGGAAACCUUGAUAUUAGAAACUCCACAUGAAG